AUUUAUAUUAGCUACCUAUGUGCAUGGACUAUAAAUAUCAGAUGUACUUUGGAAUACGAGUAAUGCUAUUGAAUCUUACGAUGCGAGUUAACCAGUUGCUGGCGCUGCUGUCGUUGCUGACUUUUCUGCCUUGGUUUGGAUGUCUGAACAUAAGGAUUUCCGAUGAAGAACACUGCAACAUUCGUCCCUGUUAUGUCAUGAAUUUAGUGUGCAAUAAUAAUGGAUCGAUUGGAGAGUGCCAAGAAAAUGCCUAUCUGGUGGCGGAGAAGGAGUUUAGGGAGGAUAUUGAGCAGAUAUUUAAUACGCUGCGUAACAGUGUAGCCGGCGGCAAGGAAUAUAGAAAUUUGCCAAUGGCAGCGCGUAUGGGCAAAAUGUACUGGGACAAUGAGCUGGCCAAAUUUGCUCGAUUAGACGUGCAACGCUGCCAGGUGUCGCCCCGACCCUUGAUGUGCUCGAUAAACUUUAAUCACAUUGGCCGCCUAGUCGAACUAUAUGGCUAUCAUUCCGAUAACCGAUCCUCAGCCACUGAAGAAACUAUCCGCAGCAUAACGUCCAGCUGGAUGGCUCAGGUGCCCAGCAUAACACGUUACCAAACGUUGCAUUUACCAUCCGAAUUCGACGAUCAAACAGCGCUAUUACAUUCAGCCCUACUUCUGAUUGAGUACAAUACACGAUUUGGAUGCGCUGCCCUCAGCUAUACGAGCAACAUAUAUACAUAUAUGAUACUCAGCUGCAUCUUCGGUACCGACACACAGGAUGGACAACGUCUGUAUAGCUGGGGCGCCACGCCUGGCAACAAAUGUCAACACCGGGACACAAGAUAUAGUAAUCUGUGCGCCAGAGGCGAGAAAUACAGUUACGAUAUAACCCGAAGAUCCUUUGAUGCACUAAGAAUGUCUAAAAUAAAGUAAAAUAUGAAAAUCAAA